AACCUCGGUGUUUGAGUCUCACCCCGCCCUACCGGGACCGACAGCAGCUGCUUACUAACAUCCUCCCCACCCACCCCCAGAAGCCCCGCCGGGGACGCGGACAUGCCGAACCACAGCAGAACUGCCGCCUCCUCUCGUCCGUUUCCAGCGUCUUAAACAGACCUCCCCCAGCAGCUCACCGGCACCUGGCUGCGAGCGGACCGCGCGGAAGGGCGACAGAUGAUGACGGUUCUGGUUUUAGAGUGGGUUCCCACGGACUCCGUUAGCUGCUGGAAAUAAGAAGAAAAACGACUCCUGAACAGGUUGCUGCUGAGAUAUUCUUCAGUCUGAAAGCCUUUGGAGAAAAGCCAAGGAUGCUGUCCAUCCGAUGGUGACUUCUACAGGGUUUGAUGGAGAGCUGGUCGAAUGUCAGCGGGAACGAUCGUCAUAACCGGAGGAAUUCUUGCUGGAGUGAUACUGCUGUGCAUCGUAGCAGUCCUCUGUUACUGUAGACUCCAGUAUUUCUGCUGUAAGAAGAAUGAAUCGGAGGUGGACGUGGCCUCGGAGGCCGGAGCUGACCCUCUCUCUCACUUCCCCUGCAACGCCUGCAACGCUCUGGCCAUGGACGGCACCGCCAUCAGCCCGGUCUCUCUGGAUCAGCUGGACACGGGCUCCCAUCACAAACCUUGCCCCACCUGUUCACCCUACCCCCUCCGCUCUGGACUCGCCGACGGCGUGCGUAACGGAGGGGAGCGGCUGGGCUUCCACACCUACUACGAAAACCCGUCUGUUUCUCUUCCCCGAGCCGACAACCGGCAAGACUCCUCCCCUUUGAGCUGCUACAACUCCACGGACAUGUUCCUUCCCCCGCCUCGCCCCUACAGCACCGACGUCUGACCUCACCUCAGAUUCCUUUUGAACAAACGGCAUUCAGGUGGUUUAUUAGAAUACAGCACAAUCACACGUCCACCUACGUAACUGCUCACUCUGUUAGUCGCUUACCCACGCUCAUUCAUUCAUGGAAGUGACCCACAGUCUCAGCCCACUCCUUCAGCUCUCAUGAGGGCAACAAAUCCACCCAGCAGCCCACUGCAGCUGCAUCAUGAAGAGCGUUUGAUCUGCCAGGGAUGAUGCACAAUCCUCCCCAUGCUUCAGUUUGGAUGACACAGGGCUAAGUCACCCCGGUGCUGAUGUGGUUUUAGCGAUUUCAGUGCAGGCAUGAAAAUAAGAGCGAUUAAUGAUGACACUCAAAAGCUACGUUUAAAGUAAUAACAUACAAAUCAAAUCCAGGGAUUGUUUAAGGUGAUUUAAACCUGAAAUAUGUGAAGAAAUCCUCAAAUCCAGCAAGUAUCGUUGGAUCAGUCAGCUCAAAGCUUGCAGGAAUCUUAGUGGAGAACUCUAGUUUUGAGCCCCGUAACUCUUCUUAUUGAGGAUCAGAUCAGUUUAAGUAUGAUCUGAACAUAAAGAAGUUCAAUCAUUUGGAUGUGAUUCUGGAUUUGAUGCAUUUAUUCAUCUUCUUAUCUAUGAAGAUCAGGAGUAGCCACGGAAAUCCCAGACGUUUGGUUUCAGUUUAAUACAAUUUUGUGUUUUUCAAAUUUACGUUAACCCACCUGACAUGGGAAGUCAGGUCUGACGUUGGACUUGUUUCACCAUGAGGACUUCCCUCUCUGUCAUCGUUGCUUUCGUUUUUUAAAGCGAGACUGCCGUAAACCCCCCCUCCACCCCCACCCUUACAACACGAGGGCUAAUGUUUUUUCUAUCAGGACUUCUUUACCACUAGCAGGAUUUUUGCCCAGAGGGGAAAGUCAAAGGGAAAACCUCCAUCAGUUCUGAGUUUUAUUUUGAAAGUCUGUGUAGUAAACAGUAAAGAAAUGAGUUACCUGUACGGAUCCGAGUUUGUUUUGGGUUUUAAAUGUUAAAGAUUUUGUUAGUUUUUAAACUAAAUCAGAAAAAUGGAUUAUGUGUGGUAGUGAGCUGGUUCAGAAGAAAGAAUCUUUUCCGCUACGUUCAGUGAAGAAAUCCUGUGUUGCUUGCCUCAAUUUAUACAUUUAAGAGGUUUUGUGAAAGAUGUCAAGAUUGAAGUAUAAUUUUUCUUCUCUAGUUUUAUUCUUUUGUGUUUUUGACAGGAUUACUGUUAAAAAUGUACAUUUACAAACUCACAGUAGAAUAGUCGACAUAAAAGUAUGUUUAAAUAUAUAUAUAUUAUUAAUGCUGGUCUCAGACUAAAUAUUGGAAAUACCGUAUUUAUUAUGUCACAUUGUUUCCACAGAGUUUCAUCAUGCAAUUCUGUUGAGGAUACAGUGUUAGAUCAUCUUUAUAAAGUGCUUUUAUUUCUUUUUUUUUUUUAUUUAUUGUUCACAGACAGUAGCUCUUAUGCAAAAUAUUCUCCUCUGUUGUCUGGAAGAGUUUAUUUUUGUUUUUGCACCACUUCUGCGUUUUAGUUUUAGGUUUUUAUUCGCUUUUACUGCUUUGAAAUGAUUUUGGUCCACCCUGAUUUGAAGAGAAAAUCCAGCACAUUUCACAAAAUGUUGUUUUUUAUUUGUUGAAUAGGAAUAAAUGUUUCUGUUUCUUCCUGG